CACGAUGGUUUGCCAACACACACACUGCAGUGAGACUGUUGUGUUGUCUGUUUUGUUGAUAUUGAUUUUGUUUUUGGCCAUAUUGCUAUAUUGCUAUAUUCUUCUAUCCUGAAAUUUGGCUAUCUUUUUGUAAUUUUGUCUUGUUGAUUGUUUCUUUGAAUUGUUAACAACAUACACUCGGCGAUCGAUCAGAAAUAAAUGCAAAAUUGGCAAAGAAUGGCUGCCGAUCGCUUGACUCAGCUACAAGAUGCUGUGAAUCUUCAAGCGGAAAAUUUUUGCAACAGUAUUGGCGUAUUACAGAUGUAUGCGAAAGAAUCACCAUUUGCUGAAUUGAAUAGCAUCAACAAACAAAAUCAACAAUCAUCACAAUCCUGUAAUGCGACCAACAAUCCAGCCAAUAGUGAUGACAAUAUCAAUUCAUCCUUGCUCGAUGCUAGUUCCACCAAGGAUCACAAAGUAUCGGCCACAUCAAGCACACCAUCUAAGUCAUGCCUGAAUGGAUCAACAUCCACCAUAAUCGGUUCAUCUCCACAUCAUCCACCUGGCAAAGAAAUAUUAUCCACCAAAACAAACAGCCUAACAUCAUCGAAUGAACAUGAAAAUAGCCAACUAUUUGCCCGUCUGAUUGCCCGAACAGCCAAAGAUAUUGAUACGUUAAUUGAAUCAUUACCCAAUACGUUUGAAACAGAAUCCGGUUCAUCUGACAUACAUUCCGGAUCUAUUAGGCAACUGGAAAACGAUAAUGCACGAUGCAUAGUGGAACUAGAGGCUGUCAUCAGACGUGGCGAAUCGUUACUCGAACUAAUACAAAAUGCUUUGGAUGAAAUCGCUCUAAUGCAAACUCUGGACCGUAUCUAAUAUAAGCAUCAUUUAUUCAAUCUUAUUCACAUCAUACACACACCCUCUUACUUUCAUUUAUCAUAAAUGUUUGUGAUACC